AUGUAAUUCUUGUACUUUUCCUUGUUCAACUUGUCAAAAUACUGCUAAUACUUGUAAAAGUUGUCAAUUACCUUUAAUAUUAAGUUAAACAAUAGAAAAUAAAUGUGAAUGUUUAGAAGGUUUUAUAUAAAUUGAUUCAUCUUGCUUAUAAUGUAGUGCUCCUUGUAAAACUUGUGAAUUAUCAGUUUCAACUUGUUUAAGUUGUAUUGAUGAUGAUAACUUAGAAUUAGUGCCUUCAACUAAUACUUGUAUUUGUAAGACAGGAUGGAUAUUUAAUUCAAAUAGUGUUAACUGUUUAAAGUGUAAAUUACCUUGUUUAACUUGCAUAGAUUCAGUAAACAAAUGUAUUACCUGUAAUGAUGUUAUCCAUCAAUCAGGUGAUACAUGUGCUUGUGAAUCUGGUUGGAUAAUAGAUUCAAAUUAUAAUUGCAUUUAAUGUGAAAUACCAUGUAAAACUUGUCAAGUAUCUACAAAUUAAUGUGUAACAUGUGAAGAUCCUAAUCAUAUUUUGAAUGACUCUUUUAAUUGUAUAUGUAAACCUGGAUAUUAUUCUAAUACAUUAUCAACAUGUCUUUAGUGUCAAUUACCUUGUUAUGAAUGUAAUAGUAAUGGUUGCAUUAAUUGCAUGGAUAUAAAUUAAAUAGUAGAUUCUAAUUUAAAUUGCUAAUGUAAAGAUAAUUACUAUAUGGAUGGACUAAGUUGUUCUUAAUGUUAAUUACCAUGUAAAACAUGCAUUUAAUCACCAGAUUAAUGUUUAACAUGUAUUGAUCCAAAUUAAUAAAUAAUCAAUUAUUAAUGUGAAUGCAAAUCAGAUUUUAUUAAAUAAGAACAUUACUGUUGCCAUUAAAAUUGUUUAAAUUGUUUAGGUAUUGAUCAUUGUGAUAAAUGUCAUAAAGGAUUUUAUUUAAAUGGAAAUAGCACUUGUUAAAAAUGCAUUUAAAAUUGUGAAUAUUGUAAUAAUGAAAUAAAUUGUGAUAUAUGUUAAGAAGGUUACUUUGUUGAUUCUAAUCAAGAUAAUUAAUGUUUUUAAUGUAAUAAUAAUUGUAAAACUUGUAAUGAGUCAUCAAAUCUUUGUUAAAGUUGUAGAUCUAAUUAUGAAAUUAAUACCAUAAAUCAUUCUUGUUAAUGUUAAAAUGGAUAUUAUGAAAUAAAUUCUUAAUGUUAACCUUGUAUUUAUCCUUGUAAAAUUUGUUUAAAUUAAGAAUAAUGUAAAGAAUGUACUUUUAUACUUAAUUUAGUAUUAAAUGAAUAAAAUAAAUGCUAAUGUAAAUAAGGAUAUUAUUUUUAUGAUGAAUAUUGUUUACCUUGUGAUUCUACAUGCUUGACUUGUAUUGAUAAUCCUUAAAAUUGUUUAACUUGUGAUUCUACAUUAUUUAGAAUCUUAAAAGAUAAUUCAUGUUUAUGUAUUGAUAAUUAUUUCGAAGAUGAUAAAGUUUGUCUUCCUUGUAAUUCUGAAUAAGGUAAAUCUAUUUAAAAUUGUAAAUAUCAAGAUUCAACUGAAAUUACUUGGACAUAUGGAAAAUAAUGUGAUGAUGGUAAUGAAAUAAAUAGAGAUGGAUGUUCAAAUACUAAUAUUGAUUAAUACUAUUCUUGUCUUAAUUUUAUUCUAUAAAAAUCUAUUUGCUUUUAAUGUCCAUCACAUUGUAUUUAAUGUGAAUUAAAUCAAAUUAACAAUAAAUCAUUUUGUAUUAAAUGCCAAUCUGGUUAUUUUUUAGAUAAAAAUUAAUGUGUUUAAUGUUCAAGAUAUUGUUUAGAAUGUAAAAAUAAACCAUCUAAUUGUAUAAAUUGUAGAUUUAAAAAAAAUACAAAUAAUAAUAAAUGUUUUGAUUGUGAAAUUUCAAAGGGUUAUUAUAUAGAUGAAUAAAAUCAAAAUUGUUAUUCAAAAUGCGGAGAUGGAAUAAAAACUGAAGAUGAGGAAUGUGAUGAUGGUAAUAAUUUAAUAGGUGAUGGAUGUAAUUCAAUAUGCAAAUUAGAAAAUUAUUAUAUUUUUUAGAAUGGAAUUAGUAUUAUUCCUGUAUAUCCAAUUCCACAAUUAUAAAGUGCAGGCAAUUCUUAAAUUUAUUCAACUUAUAGAAAAUUUAAAUUAUCAUAUAAUGUAGAAUUAUUAAUUAAUGAUGACUUUUAAUUAAAGGAUUAUAUAUCCUUAUAAAUCUCGAAAGAAUAAACUGUUAAAUCCAUAGAUUAGGAAUUUGAAUUAAUUUAAUAGAUUUAAUAAUUAGAUGAACCAGGUAAGGUAAUAUUAACUCUUAUGAUUAAUAUAUCAUUUACUAGAAGUUCAAGAGAUGAAAUCCUUAUUAUAAAAUUUCAUAAUAUUACUCAAAUUUAAUCCUUUCUUGGUUACCAUCAAUAGAAUGUUGAUAUUCAAUGUAAUAUACCACAACUAAUUUUUAUCGAAGAAACAACAAUACUAUAAGUUGAGAUUACAACACGAAGUAAUUCAUAUCUAUUAUAUUUUCUGGGUGCAAUGUGUUUAAUUUCUUUGUUUCUUGGAGGGAUUGAUGUAUUUUAUAACUUAUUAGAUAAUCUUUAAAUGUUAUCUUACUUUAAGUAUUUAAAUAUAUAGUAUCCAUAUAAUAUGAAUGUUUAUUUUGAACUCUUUGGAUUUGCAUAAGUUAAUUUCAUAAAUAUAUUACUUGAAGACUUGGAUGUUUUAGAUCCAAUCAUUGAUUAAAAUUAAUUGAAAAAAAUUCCAAAGAAUAUAUCAACUGAUUAUCAAACUCCUCUAUUAUUAAUCAAUGUGUCAACCAUUAUAAUUAUUUGGAUAUCUCUUGGGGGACUAUAUUGCAUCUCGAAGAUAAUACCUAAAAUAUUUUAUUCUAUUAAAUUCAAAUUUUAUUCAGAUUUUGAAGAAAAUCCAAUGAUCAUUAAAAUCAGUAUAUAUUAUCUUGCAAUCAAAUAUGUUGUCAUUCAUUUUUGUUACAUAGUAACUUCAGAAUUCUUUUAUAGUGGUCUAUUAAGAUUACAUAUGACAACUGCUUAUGAAUACAUAUUAAGUAUUAUGCUAUAACUAUAAUCUUUGGAAUUAUACUCUUAAAACGGAUUCAUCUCUUUAAAUUCAUAUUUUGCUCUUAUUGCUGCUGUAUUAUAUUUGUUAAGCAUUUAUUUUAUAAUCUAAUUAUCAGAAAUGAAAGAAUACUCAAUUAAAUGUUGUUCUGUUAAAUAAAAAUAUGGGUCUGUUUUUGAAGGACUAAAUAAAAAAUCAAUUUCAAAAUAUUAUAAUUCAAUUCUAUUAAUAAAGAAAUUAGUAUUUAUGAUUAUAUUAGUAUUUACUUAUGAUUUUCCUAUUUUCCAAGUAUGCAGUAUCACAUUGCUAUCAGUUUUAAUGGGUCUUUUCAUAAUCAUAUUUAAGCCAUUAGAAGAUAGAUAUGAAUAUAUUAAACAAUUAUCCUGUGAAAUUAGCAUAAUCUUCACUCUCUUUUUCUUAAUCAUAUUAGCCUUCAACAAUGAACUUAAAUUCUUUACCUAUGAAACUCAGUAAGGCACAGGAUGGGUUUGUGUGUUUUUUAUGACAACUUUACUAUGUAUUCAAUUAAUUAUUGAUACAAUUCAGUAAUGGAAGUUCUUAUAUAAGAAAUUCAGAUUCAUAAGAAAAGUAGUUAAAGCCAUUUUAUAAAUCUUAAAUCCUAAUUAAUAAAUAUAAGCCUAAGAUUAAGUUUAAAAAUAAGUAAAAGAUUAAGAUUAAGUUUAAAAUCAAGUGAAAAAUUAAGAUUAAGUUUAAAAGUAAGUUGAAAAAUAAGUUUAAAAUUAAUUUUAAGUCUAAAAUCAAACAUAAAUCUAAGUUUAAGUUUAACCUUAAUAUUUAAAAUGA